AAAAAAUUUUACUGCGGUUUUUUAGAAUUCAUCGCUAUAUGGACUCCGAAGCGAAGGACAUAGUAGGCAGAGUGGUGUAUCCAUUUUAUCAUCCCACGGAUGUCUUUCAGAUUCAGAGGCUGCACUCGAAAUGUGAGUACUUACUACUAAUGUUUAUAUCAUCCCUACUGGGUGGCUGUAUAUUAGUAUUGAACUGGGCUUCUGUAAAGACCCCGUCCUUUCAUUUCAGCAAAGUCGGAGCACUCAAUCACAGGAUAAACACUUGCAAAAGUCCGACUUGCGCCAUGAUUCGCACUGUCCCAAUAGCCAGUACUUGGAGUAGUACUAGUAGUACUUGGAGUAGUACCAGUAGUACUUGGAGUAGUACCAGUAGUACUUGGAGUAGUACCAGUAGUACUUGGAGUAGUACCAGUAGUACUUGGAGUAGUACCAGUAGUACUUGGAGUAGUACCAGUAGUACUUGGAGUAAUACCAGUAGUACUUGGAGUAGUACCAGUAGUACUUGGAGUAGUAAAGUAGUACUUGGAGUAGUACCAGUAGUACUUGGAGUAGUACCAGUAGUACUUGGAGUAAUACCAGUAGUACUUGGAGUAGUACCAGUAGUACUUGGAGUAAUACCAGUAGUACUUGGAGUAGUAAAGUAGUACUUGGAGUAGUAAAGUAGUACUUGGAGUAGUACCAGUAGUACUUGGAGUAGUAAAGUAGUACUUGGAGUAGUAAAGUAGUACUUGGAGUAGUACCAGUAGUACUUGGAGUAGUAAAGUAGUACUUGGAGUAGUAAAGUAGUACUUGGAGUAGUACCAGUAGUACUUGGAGUAGUAAAGUAGUACUUGGAGUAGUAAAGUAGUACUUGGAGUAGUACCAGUAGUACUUGGAGUAGUAAAGUAGUACUUGGAGUAGUAAAGUAGUACUUGGAGUAGUAAAGUAGUACUUGGAGUAGUAAAGUAGUACUUGGAGUAGUAAAGUAGUACUUGGAGUAGUACCAGCAGUACUUGGAGUAGUAAAGUAGUACUUGGAGUAGUACCAGUAGUACUUGGAGUAGUAAAGUAGUACUUGGAGUAGUACCAGUAGUACUUGGAGUAGUAAAGUAGUACUUGGAGUAGUAAAGUAGUACUUGGAGUAGUACCAGUAGUACUUGGAGUAGUAAAGUAGUACUUGGAGUAGUACCAGUAGUACUUGGAGUAGUAAAGUAGUACUUGGAGUAGUACCAGCAGUACUUGGAGUAGUACCAGCAGUACUUGGAGUAGUACCAGUAGUACUUGGAGUAGUACCAGUAGUACUUGGAGUAGUACCAGUAGUACUCGCCAUGUUCCUAGCCGUUACCCACCUGAAAACACUCAAAAUGGCUGUCAAGCCGUCAACAAGAUGUAUUCGCACUGCUUGUCACAAGUUGGCAACAGGUUUGGAACAACUUGUCGACAACUUGUAACAACCUUGUCGAAAUUAUCAGACUUGUUGCAAGGUUGUUCUGACAAGUCCGUUAUAUGCUUAUAUAACAAGAUUGUUACAAUCUUGGAUUGUGUUGACAACCUUGUAACAUCCUUGUUAUAUCACGGCUGUAACUAACUUGUUAGCACAGUCUUGUAACAAGGCCGAUGAUGCCAUCAAGCUUGUUACAAGUUGUUAACAGCAGCUUGUUUCAAACUUGUCACAACAAACUGGGAACAAGCAGUGCGAAGGCAACUUGUUGACAGCUUGUGAACAGACUUGUAACAACUUGUUUGCAGAUUUGUUACAAGCUGUGCGUUUUUACGCGUGUAUGUGUUCGGGAGGGGGGGGGAGGGGGUAGUGUCUCUCGUAAGCGCACUGGUUAAGAACAUGACGAGUGCUUUGCGAUUGCAAAUCAUGGCAAGCGGCGGGUUAUUGACCGAAUCGGAUCUCUGUAGCCUAAUGCUUCAAAUGUUUAAACAAAUCUCUGAUAAAACCUUUCUCUCUUCAAAACAGUACUUGCAGAGGGAAAAGUUACCACCGUGCCAUAUCGUUGGAUGAACAAAGACGGCGGGUGGGUGUGGCUAAAAUCCACGACGACACGAAUACAAGAUGAGAAAACUGGAAAAACUUACAUGUUGUGCGUGAACUAUGUGCUCAGGUAAAUAAAACCUUGUCCAUACUGUAUAUGUUUUCUUAUGCUAUCGAGUAGGCAUAAGACGAUAAUAAUUUUAUAUCGGUAGAGGAUGAUAAUUUGGAACUUUCAGACUGAUCGAUUAUAACAUCAAUAUGGAAUUGUGUAAUUUUCUGCAGUGUAGUGUUUCAUAUUGUCUGCACGUGUACUUUCUUUGGAGACACCAUUUGCCUCCUGAUGAAUCGGAAAAUGAUCAAGAUAGUUGCUCUGUUUGAUUGAUUUACAUAUUGUAUCGACAUAUGUCUGUUGAUGUUGCUUUUUAGUUUUCAAUAUUUGAGUAAGUCAUGCUUUGGAAAUGACAAUAUUUUUUUUAUUACCCAUUGUUUUGUUGUACAUUUUCCCAACCUUUUAGUCACUCAGAAUUUUGUUUACCCAACCCUUUUCUCUUCGGUGCCACCCCCUGCCAUAAAUAAUGACCGGUCCCCAUGUCUGAUAUCAUUGCGCACAAAUGACUAUCAAAUUCAAUCCCAAUAGACAAUUCCCAUUAUAGACUAAUUUUAAAACUAGGCAAGGAGAUGCAAAUAAAUCACCACAGUUAGAAAGAGCAUGGGAAAUGUUGUAAAAUGCGGGAAAUAUAGCCUUGCAAAGUUGUAUUGCGUGCGGAAAUUCCUGCCACAUUUGGACCGAAAAUGGUAGCAAUUUCCGCACGCAAUACAAAAAUAUACAAAAUUUGCGAACUUUGCAAGGCUAUAUUUUCCGCAUUUCACAACAUUUCGCAACCAAACUUUGCAAUUUUACUCAUUUUAAUGAGGUUAUGCAAUAACCAGGGUUAGCAACUUGGUAAGCUGAGCUAACACCUAACCAACCAAACGGGUAACUAUGGUAGACAAGGUGUUAAGUGUGCUCUUUCUAGCUGUGGUGAUUUAUUUGCAUCUCCUUGCCUAGUUUUAAAAUUUGUCUAUAAUAGGAAUUGUCUAUUUGCAAGUGACGCGAACAAAUUGCAAGUUGAAAUUCACAAAAGAUUUGUAAACAAAGCCUCUGAUUGGACUAUAAGAGAAAGGGAAACUAGUUGCUCAGACUAUUUGAUUGGUUUCCUUUUUGCUAAUAGUCCAAUCAGAGGCUUUUGUUACAAAUCUUUCGUGAAUUUCAACUUGCAAUUUGUUCGCGUCGCAUGCAAAUUGCUCAGAACAAUCUGCCUAUCAAAAUUGCAAUAUUGUGGGACAAUAUACUCUAACUGCCUUUCUAUGCAACCGCCCCCAGGUCUGAUAUCAUUGCGCACAAAUGACAAUCAAAUUCAACUCCAAUUUCCAAUAGUGCAAUAGAGAAUAAAGGCGUGGUUGUGGGAAUGAACCCAGAGACGAAGGAGAAAGUGUUUGAAAGAACAAACGACGAAAAAAGCGAGGAGGAUUCAGAUGAUGCGUAUUUGGUGAACGAACUCACGACAGCCUUCACAAAAAGUAACCCAUUUGGUCAACCUGCCUAUCCAAACGGUGUGAUACAAGGUUGGUGAUUAUUUUCCCCCGUUAUUUAACUCUGGUCAAGUGCGCCCUAACGCACUUUGUCCUCUUUUUCGAGUGGGGGAUUUUUAUACAUUUAUUGAGGUCCAUUUCCCCUCAGAAAAAUUUUCCGCAGAAAGAAAAUAUAACAAAGUAUAUAACAGAGUUCGUACAAAACUUGAAAGUCGCCUUGAAUAUCUUUGAAUUUGUAAAGUUCUUGAAAGUCUUUAAAUUUUUCUUGCUUUAGUUUUUGGAUAUUUUCUGAAAUUUUUGACAUUCAAAACGGGCGUUUUGUUGAUAUCUGACAAAGCAGUUUGAAACUCAUUAAGGUUGCGUUUUGAAAAAUUCAACGUCAGAUUUUACAGAUUUCUAACCCCUUUUCAUCAGUAUUUAGGUCCUUGAAUUUGACGAUACAUGGCCUUGAAAAGUCCUUGAAUUUGACUCUUUCUCGCAUGUACAAACCCUGGUAUAAAAAUGACCCAACUAUAAGUCUAUAACAGCAUGUAGUUUUGUACAGAAAUUGUUCGUGUACUGACUUACUAACUCUACAUCUCUUCUGUUGUAGACAACCAAGGAGAUAUGCCAAACGUGUUCAGCAGCAAUUAUUACCAAAAAGAAACAAGUUACCAAUCCUCGUUCACUUCUCAAGAGUGCAGAGCUAAACCCUUGCAAGAAUUUUACGCGCAGAAUCCACACCUGAGUGAUACGGCGAUGCAGCAAGAACAAACUGACAAACAUUUUGAGCGCUUUUCCUGGCCUCAAGGGGAAAAUGUGUGGCAAAAAGAGCGACGAUUGGCGCAAAAAAGUAGCUUUGAUGGACUUUAUGAUAGCCAACACCUUGAACAAUUUUCAUUGCAAGAUUUAAUUAAUGGACAAUUUGCACCGGACUUUUUGUCGCCUGGUGAUAAACCACCGAUUCAAGGAGAGCCUGCUUUCGAAGAAAAUAUGUUUGACCUAGAGCAAGCCGAAGCAGCACAACAGAAAUUUAUAGAAAACCAGUAUCAUGGUAAUCGUUUAGAGGAGUCGUUUAUUGAACAACAAAGUCAUGGAAUUGGUCCAAUUGGACAUGUAAAGGUUGAGCUUGAUGAUCAAAUACUUCCUGAUGAAGCACGUGAUAAUCACAUGGCAGAUCCCUUCGGUGAGUAUGACGAGAAUCAUAGAUGGACUUUCAGAUCUAGGGGGGGUGUUAGGGGGGAAGGUGAGAGAGGAGGGAAGAGGGGGGAAGGUUAGCAAGGAAAAAGGUGAGCGAGAGGGCCACAGUGCCCCUGAGCAAGCUGCAGCAUGGGUCACAGUCACUAGUGGGGACAGGGAUGGGGUAAGGGGACUACACCAAAUGUUCAGAUUUUUGGUCUUAUUUAGUUCAAAAUCCUUGUUUCAAUCAAAUUACUGUCAUUUAGUCCAACAAGCAUUUUCUUUUUUUUUUGGGGGGGGGGGUGCAAACUUUCUGAGGAAUAUCCGAAUAUACACCUGUAUACGAUACUCUCAUGCCAAGCCCAUCUCUUAUACACACAACAAAUAGCCUAACUCAUCUUUUGUUACCCUUUCAGGUAUGUCAGUCCUUUCGUACUUUCGCGGCGACGAGGAACUCAAUCACGAGGAAAACGCAUACCAAGCUUCCAUGUAUUUAUUCAUGAACGAAGUUCCUAUUCAGGAUCUAAAACGUGUGGAAACACCAAUAUCGCAACAAAACAAGCCGUCGGCGAUGGCAUACUCCAACCAUCAAAGACACAACGAUGGUUUUAUGCAAGGCAUGCUCAUCAACAGCCCAGAACAAUGCUAUAGUAGCUUUUCUCAAGUGAAUCACAAUAACAACAUGCUGCCUAACAACAUUGUGAACGGAACACAAUUAUCAAACGGCAAUGUAUUCAAUGGACUUGUAGAGGAAACUUGUAUAUUGGAUUUCGAUCCAGCACUACUGAUUUAGAGGUCGACAGUACCUGUGUAGGAUACUAGAGGCCAGUCCCACUGACCUCGUGAAAAAAGCUGGGUACGGUAGUGGAACAGCAGCAGUUAAUUGUAAACAAUUAGAAAUUGUCUAUUGUAUAAAAAGUUAACUAUCCAUUCAAGGCAAAUUGAAACUGAGGGUAAGAAUUUGCCCCCAAGGAUAACUAUCUUACUUUAAACUUUGACUGUCUUUUGCAAGAUAAAUUGCAAAUACACUAACUGCACACCCAAACCAGAUGUAAAGCAUAUGUAUAAACUGUGACCUGGGCGACAUCUAAAUUAUGCACAUAACAUUUUUGGGUUCUGAGCCCCUGUAAAAUAUAUAGCCGUAGUCCAUGUACAGAUACUUUAUACUUGCGAUAUUUGAUUGAACGAUAAUGUAGACUCUUGUAUAUUAUUUAGUAUAGAAUUACUGUGAGACAGAAAUCAAUCAUGCAAGUUCAUUGUAAUUAGAGUGUUUAAUUUAUAUAGUUCAACUUCCCAAUGCUUUCAUCAAUCAAUUAUGUAACAAUCAUCCACAUUACUAGUUCAUUUAAAAACUAAUGUAUAUUGAUAGAGAAUAAUUUAGAUUUAGUAGAUAAUAUAUAUUUUACUUGAUUGUUAAUGAUUAUUUUAUAAUCAAUAUAUAAAAUGCACAUUAAAAAGUUUAGCUGUAUAUAUUUGUGAUCCUUGCACCAUUUAGUAAAGUAGUGGCUUGCACGUUUAUGUCUCUAAUAGACAACUUGCAUGUUAGACUAAUUUUUUAUCUAGGCAAAAAAAGUAAAUUCCCUUAAACAACUUAUUAAAAUUAGUAAAAUUGCAAAAUUUGGUUAUGAAAUGUUGUAAAGUUUGCAUAUUUUGUAUGUUUGUAUUACGUGCGGAAAUUGUUACCAUUUUUGAGCUGAAGAUGGUAACAAUUUCACAAAAUUUACAAGCUUUACAAGUAAUCAUCUGGCUUUUAUAUGGUUUCAUAUUGGCUUUUAUAACAGUCGGGCCCCUAAUGCACCAGUCAGUGGAAUACCCCGCACCCCCCUACCCGGGGAACAGCGGGGCAUUAGACCAAGACCUUGCUCUAAUUCACUCUAAUGCCCCGCUAUACGGGCCACUCUCACUUGCCUAAACGCAAAUAAUGUCCCCGCUCUCCGGGCCCAACAUACAAUAUCUAAAAAGAAUAUCAAUCUAAAGGAAAUAUACCUAUUUGAUAAAUACUAUACCUUAUUUGUACUUAAUUUCGCACAUCUAUGAAACUGGAUUCUUUUCAGUUCGAUUUGGUUUUGCUCCGUUCGGGGCCCCUAAAAGGCCCUAAAAACUGGGCCUUUCCCUUUUUACUUAAAAUUUAAGUCAUAUCAGAAUCUAUGGUCUAUACUGAAUGCUUAAAAAAUGGAACAUCUAAACGGUUUACAAUAACUUUCAAGAAAAUAAAACAGUGACCUAAUAAGACUAAUAACACAAGAGAUUGUCAGUUCGUUCGCAAAAUUAUCAGUUCGCUUUCAUUGCUCAGUCUUUUCUCGUUUUCAAGAUGGCGGCUAUGUCUAAUCCCCGAUAUAAGCCCCGCCAUAGUCCCCGGUAGUACCUGAUACACAUAUCUAAUACAGUCUAAAUCCCUGUGUACCGUGGCCAAAUAUAAGGUUCAAUCGCUCAAUAAUUCCCUGCUAUUCCCCGGGUAGGGGGGUGCGGGGCAUUCCACUGACUGGUGCAUAAGAGAUUACAACACCGGUCAUGCCAAUUUGUUGAGAAGUUGUCAUUAACCCAUUGAGCCGCAAUGCGGCCUACUUAUUUUUUUACUUGUCUAAUGCCAGACGAUUUUACUCGUCAAUGGUGAAGCUCUGCAGCUUUAUAAUGGGUUAACACAAUCUGUCAUCAAGUUGAGUAUCGCCCUCUCUGGGCAAUUAUAUAAAAGGUCAACAAUUAUACUGUAUUCUGGACGAAAUAACAAAAUUGGAAACUAUUUUAGUUAACAAAUUUGUUACAAGACUUCUGUCAACACACCUUGUCAACAAAUAUUAUUGUAACCAUGAUGUGUGCCCGCUGCGUCAUUUAAUACAGUUACGUUCAUUUUGUUUUGACACUUGUUGAUCUUGUUCGAGUUUUCAGUUGACUUCAAAGCGAGCUUCAAAGUCAAAUGAAACAAGCAAAACUGCAAAUUUCACAGCAAAAUAAGAUCUAAAGUAACGACUUACAUUUAACUGUCGACAAUUAUACUGUAUUCUGAGUAUUUUCGUCUUCAAAAGCUUUGAAUUUCGGGAAAAAAUCCACAAAUAUUGAACCUUUGACAACCAGUUUUCCAAAUUUCAAAAACACGUGGAAACUGCAAACAGAUGCCCAAUCUUGGGGCAGAAUUAAUAACCUGC